GAGAGGUCCGGCCUCCGGGGCUUAAAAGCAGCUUUUGGAGAGCCGAGUGAGUUGCAAGCCGUAGCCAGCCGGGGAGGCGGGGACAGUGAGUUUCGCCUCUCGCGAGAGCUCCAGGACUCACAUCUUUGCAAGAGCCGAGCAAGGAGGCACACAUAUGCCACUUUAGCCCUCUGAGAUGUCCUCCAGCCUUUCCAACUAUGCCUUGCGGAUGGCUCGCCUGAGCGCACGGAUAUUUGGAGAAGUUGCUCGGCCAACUGAUACUAAGUCCAUGAAAGUCGUGAAGCUGCUCAGCGAGACUCCCCUGGCCAAACGGAAAGAGGUCUAUGACUGGUAUCCUCCCCAUAAUGUCUACUCUGGCCUUAUGAAGAGACUCCGCUUCUACGGCCUCUACAGAGAUGAGCAUGAAGAUUUCAAAGAAGAGAUGAAAAGGCUGAAGAAGCUCCGUGGGAAAGGGCCCCCAAAGAAAGGAGAAGGAAAGAGAGCACUGAAGAGAAAAUAGCAUCAUUCCAGUAUUUAAUAAAACAUUUUUGGUUCAUUGAA